AUGGCGAGACGUCCAAGAGUCGGAUUUUUAGCAAUUGUGCUAACAGUAUUUAUGCUAUUUUUCUUCAUGGCUCGCCCAGGCGUUGGAAGUGCUGCUAUUGAUCGCAUCAAGAAGACAGCAGACGCAUUCAUUGAAGAUGACUGGAAUCGCCCGGCAGCUGUCGCAGCUGAAGCAGAGAGUUUGAUCAGGGAGGCCGACAAGCUCGGCCAUGCCAGCGACCAGAAACCCCAAGAGGUACCUGCCGAGUCCGACACCAAACAGCUGGAGAAACUGAUCAAAGGCAAACCUAUCUCGAGCAAAAUGCAGAACCAAACAGCUCGUGCCGAACUAGGCAGAGCGGGCUGGAGAUUCCUUCACACGGUUCUUGCACAAUACCCUGAAGAACCUAGCGAGGACGAACGUGAAACGCUGGUUGGUUUUUUGCAUCUGUUUAGCCGAGUCUACCCCUGCCGCGAAUGCGCUGAGCAUUUCCAAAUCUACUUGAAGAAAUACCCCCCUCAAGUGAGCAGCCGCCAAACGGCCAUGAUGUGGGGCUGCGAUGUGCACAAUAAGGUCAAUGUGCGUCUUGGCAAGCCGGUGUUCGACUGUGCCUACAUACACGAGUUGUACGACUGUGGCUGUUCAGACGGUCCAGAAGAUCCUAAUGAGCAUAAAGGCAUGCCUGAGAUUCCAACAGUCGAAGCGGGUCCAUUGGUAAAAGGUGGAUGA